GAGCGGACCUCGAGAGAAGGUCUUUGGGCAGCUGGGAAGGGAAGGGCUGGAGAACUUGGAGACUGGUAUGCCCACCUACUGCCCUGGGUACAGGGAGGAGUGGGUUGGUCAGCAAGCGGAGGGGGUGGAGCAGAGCCUGCUGGAGGAGGUCUAUGGGGAGUUGGGAAGGGAAGGGCUGGAGAACUUGGAGACUGGUAUGUCCACCUACUGCCCUGGGUACAGGGAGGAGUGGGUUGGUCAGGAAGCGGAGGGGGUGGAGCAGAGCCUGCUGGAGGAGGUCUAUGGGGAGUUGGGGGAGGACCCCACUCAGCUCUCCAGCCAGGUGCUGCUCAUCUACAUCCUGCACGUGCUGCUGUGCUCCGUCAUGGAGCUCACCUUCCUGGUGGGGCAGUACUACCUGUUUGGCUUCAAGGUGCCCCAACUGUACCGCUGCGAGACCUACCCCUGCCCCACCCGCACAGACUGCUUUGUGUCACGUGCCACUGAGAAGACCAUCUUUCUAAACUUCAUGUUCAGCAUUACCCUGGGCUGCUUUGUGCUCAACAUCACAGAGCUGGGCUGGGACUACAUCUUCCGCAUACUGUGCUCCACUUGCUCCACCUGCUUCCGCCCUGAGAGGGACCCUGUGGGGCUGUACGACCACCACAACCCUCUGUUGCUGCAGCUCAAACAUUCUCUGAGGGGCAGGCUGGUCCUGCAGACUCCCACUCCCAUGGCCCAGGAGAAGGCUGGGGGCCACCUGCUCACUCAUGUCCCAGCCAUUACCUUUGAGACCAAUUCUACUGUGGAGUGCACCUCCAAGAGGACUCCGGGAGAGAGGGACCGGGUUAAGGUUAAAUUGGCAAACAUGGCCAAGAUGGGACGAACUAAGAAGUCUUGGCUGUGAAAGGCCCAUUCUGUGUGAUUCUCAGAUGUAGCAUUUUCCACUUUUGAAACAACAAAGGGAAAGAGAGUUUAUAGAAUAGGUUGCUCAAAUUGGGCAUUUGGAGAAUAAGAGUAUACUCCUGAUUCACAAAGAAAGAUUCAGCUUUGUCAUCCAUACCAUAGCCUAAAUUACAUAAAGAACAUUCAAACUGUUCCAGAGUUUCAAAAGACAGAGAAAAGUAAAACAUUUUGCUGGAAAAUUGUAUACAUUCAGUUUACAGUCAUUAUCUUCAGUCUGUUCACACAUAAGUCCUACUGUACACAAUCUCAGGGUUCUUCAAUACAAACACACCUGUUUGAUAAAACAUGACACGUUUUCACAUUCUAACAAUGUUUGUAGGAUACGUUUCAAUAAUUCCUUGUAAUUGUUGAAAUGCAUAGCUGGCAGAGUAGUUUUGACCUGUGUGCAGACAGUCAUUUAUGUUGUCUAAAGGGACUUUGUCUCUUAUAACAUUAUUAUUUUCAGAAUAAUCUAAUCUGAUUAACUGGUGGGUAGUCAACUAACUAUUUGUAGCAUGUGUGCCUCUUUUUAUUGAUAUUUGCAUGGUAUGUAUGUGUAUAGAUCUUUAGCAAUUAAUGUUGAAAUUAUCGAAGAAUAACUGAAAUGUUUAUAGUUGUGUCCCAAUCUCAAAUGCUCUCAUAUUUGCCCAUAGUAUUUCAAAAAUGGCAGAAUCAAACAGUAUUGGAACACUGACUUGUAUUUCUCAGCCAGAAGUGUAAGAAUUUUAGAAGAAUGUAAUUUCAACAAUCAAAUGUUGCACUGUUUGACAAGACAGUGUAUGGAAAACCUGCAUUUGAAUGAGUUUAGUUUUUGACCACAAGAGGUCACUAUACUACUUUAAGUUAUCAAACAGGGUUGUGCUGAAAAUCAAAUGAACCACAGCCAAAUAAAUAAUUUGUAAUUAAGACUAAGAUUAAAAAAUACAUGUAUAACGUACUUUCUUGAUGAAAUACAUUCUAAAAUGUAAAUAUCUGUUUUUCUGAGUAUGUAGUGCACAUAUCUGUGAGGAUCAGACCCUUUUUUCCAAUUUUCGCCUAAAAUGACAAAUUUAACUGCCUGUAGC